AUGAGACAUAAUGAAGAGUAAAAAUAUGCAUCUGCUCAGAAUAAUGAAAUGGAGGAGGCCAAAGAACUUGAAGACUUAUAAGUGGCUGAAACAUUAAAAGAAACAGUUGAGAUUGAUACACCAAAGUAUUUAAAGUUUAGAAGAUUGGUUGAUUUCCAUCUUUAAUCUUUGAGAAAUUAAUAAAUAGAUGAUAAGGAAAAACUUUUGCCUCUAAUUGGAUAAACCAAACUCUUAUUUAAAGCUACGAAUGAUGGAUUUAAAGCGUCUAUUUUUCAUUAGAAAUGUGAUAAUAAUGGACCAACUAUUUCAAUUAUAUUGAGUGAGCAUGGAGAAGUGUUUGGAGGAUAUACAUCUCUGCCUUGGUCAUCCUCUAAGCAGUAUAAACCUAAUAAAGAUAUUAAUACAUUUGUGUUUAGUUUGAACAUUACAAACUUUAUUUAAUGA